AUGGUGCUUAUGGGUCCACCAGGAGCUGGCAAAGGGACCCAAUCUCCAAGAAUCAAAGAAAAAUAUUGUAUUUGUCAUUUGGCUACAGGAGAUAUGUUACGUUCACAAGUAGCAGCAAAAACUAAACUCGGUUUAGAAGCUAAAAAGAUUAUGGAAUCUGGAGGAUUGGUUUCUGAUGAAAUUAUGGUUGGAAUGAUUCAUGAUGAAUUACAUAAUAAUCCUGAAUCAGAAAAACUUGAUGCUAUGCUUGAAAAAGAUAAGAAAAAACUUGAUCAUGCUGUUGAAUUAAUUAUUGACGAUAAUUUAUUGGUUUCACGCAUUACCGGUCGUUUGAUUCAUCCUUCUAGUGGUAGAACUUAUCACAAAAUUUUCGACCCACCGAAAGUCCCCGGUAAAGAUGAUAUCACCGGAGAACCUUUAAUUCAACGUUCAGAUGAUAAUGUUCAAACGUUAAAAAAGAGAUUGGCUACUUAUCAUAAACAAACUACCCCCGUAGUAGAUUAUUAUAAGCAGAAAGGUAUUUGGUCAAGCAUUGAUGCCUCUCAAAAUCAAAAUGUUGUUUGGAAAAAUUUAUUAGCUAUUUUCGGCUCAAAUGAGAACAAAUAA